ACCAAUUGCAUUUGAUUUUUAACACUUCGUUGCUGAAUAAAUAAAGGAAAGAGAGGGAAAUUGUACUUUCUCCGCUACUUCUGAAUCUGAUAGCUUAACGAACACCAAUUGUUCGACAAAACGUCUGUAAAGGUUUUAACUUGAUAAGCAAAACCAAGAUUCUGAAAUCCCCACCAGCAAAUUUAUUCGAAGAAACAGAAAUAUGGAGGAGACCAAUAAAGAGGAAAAUGCUGUUUUUCUCGAUCGUUCUUCUCGAGCUACCAGAGGCAAACGGAUGACCAAAUUGUUGGAUGACGAAUUGGAAGAGGAUGAACUUUUCUGGAAUCAGGAAGCUCUUAAGGAUGAAGAGAAUGACAUAGAAUAUGAAGAGGAAGGGGAAGCUGUUGAUGUUUUCGAUAGUGACUUUGAUGAAGAUGAACCUGAGCCUGAUGAAGAAGGAGAAAAUGAACCAGAUGACAGGACACGGACCAAAAAGCGAUUGAUUUUUCCAGGAAAACCAUCUGCAAGAAAGAAAAAGAAAAAGAAAAACCUUACCAAGUCAGAAAAGGCACCCCAAGAAAAUGAAAAAGCUCCAGAUCCGUCUACUCCUUCUGAACAUCAUGAUGCUCAUGAUGAUAUUGAAGAAGAAAGAACAAUUAGGAAAUCAACAAGAACAGCUGUCAUUGUAAAGCAAGCUGAAAGAGAAGCCAUACGUGCAGCCUUGCAGGCGACAAUGAAGCCCAUAAAAAGAAAAAAGGAAGGUGAAGAAAAAAAGAUGACUCAAGAAGAGAUGCUUCUUGAAGCAGCUCAAACAGAGGUCAUGAAUCUGAGGAGUUUGGAGCGUGUUUUAGCAAGGGAAGAAGAAGUCAAGAAAAAAGCCAUUGUGCAUAAAGCAGUUUACACUGGCCCUCAGAUACGAUACCUAUCCAGAGAUGGUUCUUCCUAUCUAGAGUUUGUCAAUGGAGCAUCUUUCAAUUCACAGAUUUCAACAACUUCCACUCCAUACCCCGAGAAGGCAAUUUGUACAGUUACUGGGUUGCCUGCACGGUAUCGUGACCCAAAGACUGGGCUUCCUUAUGCAACUAAAGAAGCAUUUAAGAUCAUCCGUGAACGGUUUGCUGAUGAAAGUAGCAGGGACCGGGAGAAAAAGAAUAUGGACGAGUUGUCUCAGGCAAUUUCUGGGCAAGGAUUUACCUCGAGACAAAAGAGGUCAAUAGUUCCAACUAGUAGGCAAUUGCCAUAUUCCCGGGUAUUUGCUCGUUUCCGUAAGUUUCCUGCUGAUGAUACCAUUUCUGUGGAUUCAGAGUAGAUGCAAUGUACACAUUAGUCCUCUUUAUUUCUAGUCUAGAUCUAGAUUUGUAGAGAUGCAGAGGUAGCAUCUUUUUCUUGAUUAGGUUGUAAAUUUUGUUGUCUCAGAGUUUUGAAUGACCUUUAUAUGAAAUGUAAAGGAUCACAUGGCGCGUAACCCAUCUGAAUCUACCUCUAUAAACGUAGAGCUUACUCCCUCCAUCUCAUAUUAUGUGAAGGUGUUUGAUUGUACACGAAGUUUAAGAAAGAAAGACAGAUAUUUGGAACUUGGGAUUUUAA